UCUCAGGAAAGCUGCUCACAUCAUUUAGUUGUGACAGGCGCUUUUAGGGACAACGCAACGGCAUGUUUGGGUCCAAGUUUACGCACACCGAACCAGCUUGUGUACAAGCAAUAGAAACAAAAAAGCGACGCGUAAUGUGUUUUAACUUUACCGAGAGAUGCAUUUAUGCGAAUAUUAUCCGAAUACUCACGUCCGUUUUACGCCCGCACUGCUGCCGCUGCUGCUGCUGCUGACGGCUCGGAGACAAACUAAUUGCUUUUGUAUUUGACUCCGUAAAUCAGUGUAAUGUCCUCAGUGUGAGGGGUGUGUGCACUAAGACUGGAGAAAAGAUAGCUGGAUGCUGCAUGUUGUUCGGGUCCAACGCGGCGGAGGAGGCGGCUCUCUCUUCCCCCCUCCGGUUCCCCUCGACAACUUCAGCCGCGCUAAGGAGAGGAAAAGCGCCGCAGCGUCUCCGGCUCCUCGGCUCCACGCCGAGCUCCGUCUCCGGCUUUAAAGGCAUCUCGCACUUCAGCUGAGCAUGCAUAAGAGCGGCGCUUUGUGGGAAGUACUGCUGCGUUUCUGUUUGCUGCUUUACGACCAAGAUCCCAAAGUUGGAGGCGCCAGAAGCCGCGCUGGCGGCAGGUUUUCCUAACCCGCUGCUCGGAUGGAAGACAACUUAUUGAGAAAUCUCUUGUAGUGCAGAUGUUUGGUGUGUAAAUAAAUGGCUUGCAUUGCUUAUUUGUUGCCUAGGUGGCGUUUACAGUCAGGAAGUCAUGUCCAGAUCGGGUGAUAGAACAUCCACCUUUGACCCAACGCACAGUGACACCUUGCUGCAUGGGCUCAACCUCCUGUGGAGAAAGCAGCUUUUCUGUGAUGUGACUCUAACUGCCCAGGGACAGCAGUUUCACUGCCACAAAGCUGUGUUGGCAUCCUGCUCACAGUAUUUCAGAUCCCUCUUCUCUUCCCAUAAUGUGAUUAGCAAUGAGGGAAGCAAGGGGGAUCAGGGUAGCAGGGGAACCCCCUCGUCCUCCCCGGAUGACAAGCUGGUGACCACCAGUGCCAGGCCCAUCAACAACCUGGUCCUACAGGGCUGCUCCUCCGUCGGACUACGGCUAGUGCUGGAGUACCUCUACACUGCCAAUGUUACUCUUUCCCUGGACACAGUGGAAGAGGUGCUUUCAGUCAGCAAGAUCCUCAACAUCCCCCAGAUAACCAAGCUAAGUGUGCAGUUCCUCAAUGAUCAGAUCUCUGUUCAGAACUACAAGCAAAUCUGCAAGAUUGCCGCGCUGCACGGGCUCGAUGAGACCAAGAAGCUGGCCAACAAGUACCUGGUGGAGGAUGUACUGCUGCUGAACUUUGAGGAGAUGUGCGCCAUGCUGGAUGCUCUGCCUCCGCCAGUGGAGUCAGAGCUGGCUCUCUUCCAGAUGUCUGUCCUCUGGCUGGAGCAUGACCGGGAGACGCGCAUGCACUACGCUCCGGACCUCAUGAAGAGGCUGCGCUUUGCCCUCAUACCCGCCCCAGAGCUCGUGGAGAGGGUGCAAUCUGUGGACUUCAUGAGGAGUGACCCCGUGUGCCAGAAACUGCUGCUGGAUGCCAUGAACUACCACCUGAUGCCAUUCAGACAGCACUGCAGGCAGACCAUGGCAAGCAGAAUCCGUUCCAAUAAGCGAAUGCUGCUCCUGGUGGGUGGUUUGCCUCCUGGACCCGAUCGUCUCCCCAGCAAUUUGGUCCAGUACUAUGACGACGACAAAAAGACAUGGAAGAUCCUCACAAUAAUGCCUUACAACAGUGCUCAUCACUGCGUGGUAGAGGUGGAGAACUUCCUGCUGCUGCUGGGUGGAGAGGACCAGUGGAAUCCAAACGGGAAGCACAGUACAAAUUUUGUCAGCCGCUAUGAUCCCAGAUUCAACAGCUGGAUUCAGCUGCCUCCCAUGCAGGAAAGGAGAGCCAGUUUCUUUGCCUGCCGCCUGGAUAAGCACCUGUAUGUAAUUGGAGGUCGGAAUGAGACGGGCUACCUCUCCAGCGUGGAGUCCUACAACCUGGAGACGAAUGAGUGGAAUUACGUGUCAUCUCUGCCACAGCCUUUAGCUGCACAUGCAGGAGCAGUGCAUAAUGGCAAGAUCUACAUAUCAGGUGGAGUGCAUAAUGGCGAGUAUGUGUCCUGGCUCUACUGCUAUGACCCCGUAAUGGAUGUUUGGGCUAGAAAACAAGACAUGAACACAAAGCGCGCCAUUCACGUCCUGGCUGGGAUGAACGAUCGUCUGUAUGCCAUCGGUGGAAACCAUUUGAAAGGUUUCUCCCAUCUAGAUGUUAUGUUGGUUGAGUGUUACGACCCAAAAGCUGACCAGUGGAACAUCCUCCAGACACCGAUACUCGAGGGCCGCAGCGGUCCGGGCUGCGCCGUUUUGGAUGAUAGCAUCUUCCUCGUGGGUGGCUACAGCUGGAGCAUGGGUGCCUACAAGUCGUCGACCAUCUGCUACAGCCCAGAGAAGGGAACGUGGACGGAGCUGGAAGGAGAGGUGGCGGAGCCUUUGGCAGGCCCAGCCUGCUCCACAGUCAUCCUCCCUGCCUGCCUUCCUUUCAACAAAUGACAACUAAUCCAGCCGAUGGGUGGUGAGGGGGACAAGCAGCAGCAGGGCGACUGGGGGGAGGACCACCAAUAAACAAAACAUUUGUCAAGAAUUUUGUGACAAAAAUCCCUCCAGCUUUAGCCCGGUUGUGGUGUAAAAGUUAUUUUUUUACAGGUUUGACAAGAGCACUUUCAUUAUUCUCUACUGAUGGAUUGAGAGGGGGAGAGGAUGAAGUAACUCAUGUAUCUAAAUGAAUCAUCUGUUCUGAGAAAUAGUCUGUUCCAUACUUAAUUUUAUUUAUUUAAACAGUUUGAAAGUGUUUUUGGCUUCUCUUCCAUCGCACGCAUAGUGUCGAACUGAAUUAUAGCAUUUCAGAUCCAUUGUACCUUGUACACAGUAGAGGCAUCAUCACCAGAUUACGUUUUAAGGAGGCUCGGUGAAUUAAAAGUGUAUAAAUAUUCAAAGGUUAUGUUUGUACUCAUUGCUCUCUGUCCAGAUUGUUCACUUGCGUAACAAAUACGUUGUCUCUUUAGGAAAAUGUACAUAUUUGAGCAUCUGAAAGGGACACUUCCAGAAAACUGUUGGCAGACAGAAAGAGUGAACUAAAGAGCUGCUCCAAGUUGGUAUUUUAAUUUGUCUUGAUAAUGUACACUUAAACUGAAUUUUUUUUUUUACAAGUUAAUUCUUGCCAGACGUUUGUGGCAACUCGUCUUGAUGCCACAACAAAGCUGCUUAAGAAUCAUGAUUGAUGACUCAUAUUAUAAUGACACUAAUAUCAUUCAAUGUUGGUACAAUCAAUUUGGAAUUGCUAACCAGUAUAAUUUUCUGCAUAAAUAUCUGUGGAAGAUAUUGGGGGUGUGCGUUCUCGAAGUUCACAGAUGCAGGUCUGUUUAUGAGACCACAUGGUUUAAUUGUUUAAUGUAAUUAAAAAGCAAGAGAGCAUACAGUGGUCUUUGAUGCACUUUCAACUCAGCAAAAUUCACUGAUUUGUACAUUAAAUCAAUGUGCCGUGUUUAAGAGAUAUCUUCUGUGCAAAUGAAUCCAGUCUUGUCAACGUUAUUAGGUUGAAUAAAAUUGACUCUAAAUAUUAAUGCCGUUGAAUUCUGUAAUUAAAAAAAGUUGUUGAUUUCAUUCUUGUAUAUAAACCGCCUGCAGUGAAACAUUUUUGUGCACUCAACUUUGGAUUUAUUCUCAAAUCCUGUUAUGUAUCUGGCAUUUUAGAAAAAAAUCAAAUAAAAUGAUUGAUGAUCAAAAUGA